UUCGCGCCUGCGCCCUCGUCGGGAUUCUUCUCCCAGAAGUCCUCGAGCGUCGUCCUCGUCGCCCUCCAGGCCGCUGGCGUCCAGCCGGAGUCCGCCCGCCCCUGCUCCGCUGUCCGCCGUCCGCCCGCCGUCAUGCUGCCCGCCGCGCUCCUCCGCCGUCCGGGCCUGGGCCGCCUCGUGCGCCAGGCCCGCGCCUACGCCGAGGCCGCCGCCGCCCCGGCCCCCGCCGCGGGCCCGGGACAGAUGUCUUUUACCUUCGCCUCACCCACGCAGGUGUUCUUCAACGGCGCCAACGUUCGACAGGUGGACGUGCCCACGCAGACCGGAGCGUUUGGCAUCUUGGCAGCCCACGUACCCACACUGCAGGUCCUGCGACCAGGGCUGGUUGUGGUCUACGCUGAGGACGGCACCAUCUCCAAAUACUUUGUGAGCAGUGGCUCGGUCGCAGUGAAUGCUGACUCUUCAGUGCAGUUACUGGCUGAGGAAGCCGUCACACUGGACAUGCUGGAUCUGGGGGUGGCCAAGGCGAACCUGGAGAAGGCACAGUCGGAGCUGUUGGGGGCCACGGACGAGGCCAUGAGGGCCGAGAUCCAAAUCCGCAUCGAGGCCAACGAGGCCUUGGUGAAGGCCCUGGAGUAGGUGGUGCGUGCCCCACGCUGGUUCCGGCAGGGAGACUGGGCCAGAGCUGGGCAGGGGAUGGCCUGGCAGGAGGACCCAGCUCGUGUGGGUGCAGGCUGCCUGGGAGACUGGGGGAGUGAGCCUCGGGGAGCCAUCCUCUCUAGGAAGCCACCAGGGGGCAGUGCAGUGCCGGCGUCUGCUCAGAGCGCCUUUCAGGGCUCUGCCUCUCUGUGGUGAAUACACCAGGGAAACAAGCCAGCUCUGGCAGGCCUAGGGGCUGGCGUCAAGGUCAGGCACUCGCCCUACCCAUGGGGAUUACUCUCACCACGGAGGGCUCUUCUCCCACCUCCUAAGAUCUCCCCAACCUGAUGUGCUGGCCACCACUCCUCUGCCGCAUCUGCUGCAGAGACCUCUGCUCCCAGCCACCGGCAACGGACAGCCUGCUCCCUGCCUAAACCCUCAUUAAACACCUGGAAUCCA